AUGGCGAAAACUCAACUGAAAAAGCGUAAGCUCGUCAAGAAGUUCGCCGCCGAUCCGGUUUCUCCUCCCAAAAUCGAGAAAAAAAUCGCGAAGAAGCUCGCCGCCGCCGAACCGGUUUCUCCUCCCAAAAUCGUGAAGAAGUCCGCCUCCGCCGAUCCGGUUCCGCCUCCCAAAAUCGAGAAAAAGCUCGUGAAGAAGUCCGCCGCCGCCGCCGAUCCGGUUCCGCCGCCUCUCGAAAUCGAGAAAAGGCUCAAGAAGAAGAAGAAGAAAGCCAAGCUCCCCGAAUCCGGAUCCAACGAAUCGGACUCCGAAUCCGACCCGCAAACCCAGAUCCAGACCCUGCUGGAACCCUUCUCCAAGGACCAGCUCGUCACACUCGUCACCGACCUCUCGAUCGAGGACCUCAACGUCGUCUCCGAUCGAGUCACCGGCAAGUGUAAGGGCUACGCUUUUCUCACUUUCAAAACCCGAAAAUCCGCUAAGAAGCUUCUCAAAAACCCUAGGCUGCAGAUUGGUACCCGUCUAGCCUCGUGCCAGCUGGCUUCCGAGGGUUCCGUGCCUCCACCCACCGCCUCCACCGCCACCGCCGCCGCCACCACCCCGGCCGCCGGAAGAAUAGUUUCCCAGCAGCACUUCUCCUCGUCGGACUACCCGGACCGAAAGAUUUACGUCAGAAAAGUGCCGUUGGACGCAAGCCCCGAUAGACUGAAGGCUCUUUUCGAGCAGUUUGGGGAGAUUGAAAACGGGCCGAAGGGACUGGACCCCGCCACCGGGAGAUUCAAAGGAUACGCAAUCUUCGUGUACAAAACAAUCGAAGGGGCGAAGAAGGCCUUGGAGCAGCCCUUCAAGUACUUCGAAGGGAGCCAGCUCCACUGCCAGAAGGCGAUCGAGGGGAAGGGACACGUGUCAUCCGGUGCCGCUUCCAUAACCACUGCUCUACAGCCGGUGCAGCCACAGAUGAUGGCGGCAGUCGCGGCGGCUCAGCAAGUGCAGAACAUGGCUAUGCUGGGUCAGCAGGCGGGGCUCGUGAAUCCUCUGUAUGCGAAUUUGAGUGCGUUAAUGGGUAGUUAUUAUGGGAUGAUGGGGGCACCGGUGCAGGGGUUGGAUUUGGGUAUGUACGGUGUUCCCGAUGGUGGUGCCGCCGCCGCCGCCGGUGGUGGUGGUAUAGGUGGAUUGGGUAGUGAGGCGAUGUAUCAGGGUUUGCAAUAUACGUACCCGAAUAUGCAGAGUGUGAAAGCUUCUCCGUCAUUGGCUAAGGGUUCCGGGACUAGUGGCAGUGAAUCUUUAGAAAUUAGUAGAAGGAUGUAUGACAACACAAAGGGUGAUCCGAUUUCGAAACGCUGUAUGAUGGGUUAG